UUCUUUGAGGGUCAAAGUUCCGUUGCUGUUCGACCACGGAGGCUCCCCCUCCGCCUCGUCGUUUCGGUUCCAGGGGCAUUGUGAAGGUCUCUCCCCUAGGGUUCGAUACGGCGGCGGCGAUGGGUUUCAGGUGGUCGGCUGCCUUUCGCAGAUCGGCAAACGGGGGCCCUCAAAUUCGAUCCGCCUAGCAACCAACGCUGCUUCGCUCCUCAAAGUCCCGCCCAGAGUCAGGAGCAUUCAGAAUGUCGAGGGAAGGCUUUGUGCUACUUGAGUUUGGUCCUACAGCAGGUGUGCGUGUGUGUAUGAUUGGAGCAGAAAGCAGGAGCUAAAUAAACCUGUUGAUACACUCAAGCAUGUGGGAAUCACUGGCCCAGUGGUAGAACACAUAGAAGCGCGACUAAAUGAAGAUAUACUAUCUGAGGUCAGAUGAUCUGAUGGCCGUAUGCUUUUACAUCGGGAGGAGUAUAACCCUUUGUUGAACCGAUCCAGUGUCAUAUAUAGGAUACUUGGAAAACAUCUUUGCAGAUGAUGUGAAGACUCCAGCUGAAGUAUAUGCUUCUUUGAAAGUUGAGGGUUACAAUAUUUCGUAUAGGAGAAUCCCAUCAACUAGAGAGGCUUUAGCUUCAAAUGUGGAUGCAAUCUAAUACUGCAUCAAUGACUUGGCAGGAUCGUACCUUUUUGUAUCACAUACGGGGUUUGGAGGAGUUUCAUAUGCAAUGGCUAUCACUUGUGUUAGACUUGGUGCGGAAAAAAAAAUUUACACCCAUGGAUCUACAACGUUUGGUUAGAACAACUCCAUCGUAUACAGCUGAAGAAGACUUGCCUUCUUGAGUUUCUGGUGAAGAAGUUCUGAGAAUGGGUGACUACCAUGACAUACUAAGCCUUACAAGGAUUCUUGUUUAUGGUCCCAAGAGCAAAGCAGACGUUGACAGUGUUAUGGAAAGUAAGGAACUUGAGAAGUUCCCUGACGGUGACGAUGAGCAACGUGCGAACCUCAUGGACAUGGGUUUUAAAGCUCUAGGAGAUGCAUCACAUUUAGGUCCCUACCUCUACUGCACUAUACUAGCUGGAGGAAUUCUUCCAUGGGGCGUGCGACCAACCAAUCAAGAGCUGACACGUAGAGCAGUAUGUUGCCGAGGUACGGUAAUGGUAGAGGCGAUGGUGGUGAAGAUGGAGAGGUGA